GAAACUUUUGAGUUUUGACUUGACAGUUGACACACCAGAGCUGGUGCAUAACCUCAAAUAAUUUGAGGUUAAUUUUUGUUAUCAUUUAGUUAUAUAUUGAAUUAUUACUUUGACAACUCAAUAUACAUAAUAUUCUGUAGUUUUUAUAUUAGUGGAUAAUAUACAACAUAAUGGGUAAGCGAAAAAAUAAAAAAAGUUUCGAAAGCGAAUCAAAUGAAAUAGAUACUGACAAUGUUAUUGACGAAAAUAUUAAUAUGGGUGAAAAGCAUAUAGAUGAAAAUAUAUCGGAUUCAGAGUCUGAAUCAAAACCUAAAAAACCCAAAAAAAAGAAAAAGAACAAAGAGCCCAUUCCAUCAGAAGAGAGUUCAUCUAAAAAAGGAAAAAAAUCAAUCCGUCAAAUGAAAAAGGAAAGAUAUGCAGAAAGGCAAGCCGAAGCUGCAGCUUUGUCGAAAGACCAGUUUAAGACUCAAUGUCUUAAUUAUUUGUCCCAAUGGAAACAUGACAGACAAAAUUGGAAAUUUAUGAAAGUAAAACAAGGUUGGCUAUAUAGAAAUAAGUUUUCAAAGCAACUCGUUCCAGAAUCUUUAUGGCCCGUUUUAGUAGAAUAUUUUGAUUCUGCUCAAGGAAAUAUUAGAAAAAUGUUAUUGGAUGAUGCAAAUAAGAUUAUCAAACAAAUGGAUGACUGGAUGGAAUCGCAAGACAAGAAUAAUGAUUUACAUAAUGAAGAUGAAACGGAAACCAAUGAUUCUAGUAAACCUGAUGAUAUUGUUUAUAAUAGAGCCAGGAAUUUAAUACAAUGUUUACAAGAAUAAAAAACUUCUUUUUUUUCUCUCUACAUUUAUAUAAUCAUUAAAAUACUAA